GGAUCACAUGAGCAGAGAUCUGUUUACAAACUAAGGCUGGGAGGCUGAGGUAGCGAGAAACACAGCAGCUAACACUCUGGGACAACGAUAGCCUUGCUUGACACACACACACACACACUCACACACACACACACAUAGAUAAUGCUCCACCCUACACCCAGUCCAGAGAGAGCAAGGAAUUCUGGAUGAACUGCAAUCAGCCAUUGUGGGUUUUUGUUUUCCACUUCAAGGACUGAGGGACCAGAUGGUUUGAGGUGGCAAGAAAACACUCCCCCAUACAGGCUGCAUAUACAGUCAUACAUCAACCACACACAUUCUACAGACCGAUCAUUCGCCGUCCAAGGGUUUGUAUGAGGAUGUUUUUGUGUUCUUUUUCUUCUUCUUUUUUUUUGGAGGGGCCCUGCGUAAGGAAUACCUCUGACGAAUCAGCCAUUUUCAGUACAAGACAAAGAGGAGGACUUUCCAAGAAGCAGAAUGACAUCAGAUGGACAAUGCUUGUCGAAAUCUAUUAGGAGAUCAUUCAGGAGCUGGACAAAGACCAUUUCAUUUGAGGAUACGUCCUCAUAGCUGAAGUGUGGCCUCAGUUCAAGUCCUUUGUUUUUGUUUUUGUUUUUGUUUUUUCCUCCAACACCAGGAAGGAUCUUGAAACAUCACCAGACCUUGUACGAGACUCCUCGAGAUAAGACAUACAUAUCUUAUAGGAUACUGAACUUCUUUUGUGUGUGUGUGUGUGUGUGUGUGUGUGUGUGUGUGUGUGUGUGUGUGUGUGUGUGUGUGUGUGACACUGAAGUCUGAGGGGUCUGAGAUUUCUUCAGUCUGUGUCACUUUAAUACUCCAAUCGAGUCGUUCUCCAAACACAGGAAACGAGUAUGAAGGACACGACUUGGUCUCUUUGUCUUUGUGGACGCGCGAUUACGAUCGAGAGCGAACGAUGACAACAAAAACGACGUCAAAACACGAUUGGAGCGUCAAAGCCAAAUAACUUCCACAAAAAAAACAAAAAACAAAAAAAAAAAAACGCGAGGUCUCAUCUACGAUCUUCCGGAACAGGAUCUCUGAAACCUCUGGGAUUUAACAGAAGCGUAAACGGAGUGCUAAAAGUAAGAGAGAAAGCAAGACAGACAGGAAAUAUAUAGAGCUAAAGAUAUAUAUCGCGAAUUUGUGCGAAAGUAUCAGCGCACAGGCGCUUUCGCUUUCCGUGUCAGAUUACAUGCAGCCAUUCCAAUGGUGUAACGGUUGCCUCUGUGGAAUAGGACUGCAGCAUACACACUGCGAUAUGUCGUCCGAAGACCUGUACCAUUUGCCACUCAACGUCUAUGUCAUCGUGCUGGGCAUUGGCUUGUUCAUCUUUAUGCUCAGUGUCAUCUUUUGUUGCUAUCUGUUCAGGUUGAAGCAACAAGACACAAGACAACAGUACAGCUACAAUGAGGUGGUGCUGAAAGGGGCAGGGAAGAAGCUGAGCCUUCUCGGACAACCCUGUGCAGUGUGUCUGGAGGAAUUUAAAGCCCGGGAUGAGCUGGGCGUGUGUCCAUGUUCACACACCUUCCAUAAGAAGUGCCUGCUGAAAUGGCUGGAGAUUCGCAGUGUUUGCCCCAUGUGCAACAAACCCAUCAUGCGACUGCACAACACACCCCGUGGAGCAGAGGGUCCACAAGACCCUGAGGAGGUGUGAUCCUACUUCCAAAAAAUAAUAUAUGUAUAUCUAAAAGAAAAAAAAAAAAUGGCACAGCCCCAAAAACGUUGGGCCACGCCGUGUUUAUGGUCUCUACAACUGUCGUAUUUGGACCACACGAGAGGUGAACAGAUGAAAAACAACUCCUUAUGCACCAAACCCUUGGAGGCCUAACGGACUUGAGACGUAGCACCUGAUUGGCAUGAAACAAGACUAUAUGCCAUUUAUUUGACUUUGUGAUUAAGACCAAUGUUCCUUCGCAAGGUGUGAGAAGUGUACUAAGGGUGAGGUGAGGUGAGGGUGAGGCCAGGGGCAAUAAGCAGGUAAACACAUCUCAGCGGUUUAGUCUCUCGAGAUGCCACUAAGCAACUAAU